CUAGCCGGCUGUACCGCGAUGGCCCCGCGCGCCCGGCGCCGCCCGCUGCUCGCGCUACUGGCGCUCGGAGCGCUGCUCGCCCCGCUACAGGAAAAACAGGAAGGUGGAGGAGACUCACCUGAAGUUAUAUUUCAGAGCUGGCAGCCGGAAACUAGAUUGUCAAGACUUCAUCUCAUGUACUUUGAAAAUGUUAUCCGGAGAGACCAGUCCCUGAGGACAUCAUGCUUGGCAUCCUUUAAAAUCACUCCUCCCUGUACCAGCACUAGGCAUUAUGAGCGCUUUGGACGGUGCUGCAACAAAUGUGAGCCAGGAAAGUACAUGUCUUCUAAAUGCACUACUACCUCUGAAAGCGUGUGUGUGCCCUGUGGCCCAGAUGAAUACUUGGACACUUGGAACGAAGAAGAUAAAUGCUUGCUGCAUAAAGUUUGUGAUACAGGCAAGGCCCUGGUGGCCGUGGAGCCCGGCAACCGCACGGCCCCGCGGCGCUGCGCCUGCACAGCCGGGUACCACUGGAGCGACGACUGUGCCUGCUGCCGCCGCAACACCGAGUGCGCGCCCGGCUUCGGCGCCCAGCAUCCUUUGCAGCUCAAUAAGGACACGGUGUGCAAGCCUUGCCUUGCAGGCUACUUCUCGGAUGCCUUUUCCUCCAUGGAUAAGUGCAAACCCUGGACCAACUGUACUGUUCUUGGAGAGAUAGAAAAACAUCAUGGGACAGAGAAAUCAGAUGUGGUUUGCAGUUCUCAUCUGCCAUCUAGAAAACCACCAAAUGAACCCCAGAUUUACUUGCCCAGUCUAAUUAUUCUGCUCCUCUGCAUAUCUGUGGCAUUAGUUGCUGCUGUCAUCUUUGGCAUUUACUAUAGGAAAAAAGGGAAAACACUAACAGCUAAUUUGUGGCACUGGAUCAAUGAGGCAUGCAGCCGCCUAAGUGGAAAUAAGCAGGAGUCCUCGGGUGACAGUUUUAUCAGCACUCAUAUGCCAGCCUCUAGUCAGCGCCAGGCUUGCGAAGGUGUCUUACUGCUGACUCUGGAAGAGAAGGUGCCUUCUGAAGACAUGUGCUAUCCAGAAGGAGGUGCGUGUGCGGGAGAAGAUGCCAAGAUGCUCUCCUUGGUCAGCGAGAUGGAGGGGGACUCCUUCAGGCAGAUGCCCAUGGAAGACGAAUAUGUGGAUAGGCCCUCCCAGACCCCAGACUGUUUACUGGUCCUGACUCAGCCUGGAAGCAAACCCACACCCCCUUUCCCUGAGCCUCUGGAGGUAGGGGAGAAUGACAGUUUAAGCCAAUGCUUCACUGGGACGGAGAGCAUGGUAGACUCCGAAAGCUGCAACUUGGCCGAGCCCCUGUGCAGGACUGAUUGGAUUCCCAUGUCCUCUGAGAAAUACUUGCAAAGAGAGGUGGAGGGUGGCCCUUGCCCUCACUGGCCAGCCAGCUCCCACUCGGCAGAUGGCUAUGCAGUCUGCCGUGACCCUCCCGGGGAGGACCGGGAAACCGUUGUGGGUUCCCCAAAAAGUAGACCCUUGCCUCAGUGUGCCUAUGACAUGGGCCUUCCCCCAGAAGAAGUAGCCAACAAGGUAGAGCGGGGAGGCCAGCCUUUGGAUGAGGCUGAUGUGAACCCUCAAAAGCCCACUAGGGGAGGCCUUGGCUCUGGAAGCCCCUCCUGCGACCACCCUCCUGCAACUGGAAAUGUGACUGGAAACAGUAACUCCACGUUCAUUUCCAGCGGGCAGGUCAUGAAUUUCAAGGGCGACAUCAUCGUGGUCUACGUCAGCCAGACGUCGCAGGAGGGCGCGGCGGGCAGCGGUGGCGGGGAGCCGGGGGAGCCGGCGGGCCGCCCGGUGCAGGAGGAGAGCGCCCGCCGCUGUGACACCUUUGCGGGCAGCGGCGCGCGCCUGGCUGAUAAGAGCGAGGACGAGGAGCUGGCGCAGGGCGGGCCCGACCAGACCGUGCCGCCCCCGGUGCAGGAGCAGGGCCCCCAGGCGUGCCGAGCGCCGCGGGCCUGGCGCUGAGCCGUCUGCCCGCUGCGGGCGGGGCGGAUGGGCCGCACUGGUGCCAGGACUUGGUGACACCCCGCAGCCCGCGGCGGCCCUGAGGCCUGGGAGCAGCACAUCACGCAGAGCCCAGCUUUCCCACCUGCGGGCUCUCGGAGCCUAAAGUGGAGCUUCAUGACUCCAGGGCCCCUCAGCCGGCCAUCCCCGUGUCCAGUGCAAAUAAGCAUGUGACGCAGGCCGAGGUGCCACCCGGCUUACAGGACAGACGGACAGGUGGGGUGGGUGGGCUCGAACCUGCAUUGGGCCGCCUGACUCAUGGAUAUCGCGAUGUGGAGUCAGAAUUCCCAGAGCGGUGCCUUUUCCUUCCUCUUGAAACCUUGCACCGGUUUCCAUUUGGCUGGUUCCAGAUAUGCUGCCUUUAUCCCGUUUACCCGGUACCUUUAUGCAAAAUUAUAUGACAUUCUUUACUCACUUUUCUCUUCAUAGAAACAAUUCCUUUUUUAAAAAAGUGAAUUUAUUGUUACUAAAUACUCAUAACUGGGAGAAAGAUGUAGCAGUCUGCUUCUGUAGAGAUUUACAGCCUUGGAAACCCUAUGUGGCAGUUCUGCUCUGUCCUAUAGGGUCACUAGGAGUCGGACUGGACUGGACAGUCGUGGGUUUGAUAUCCAUAAGCAGGUAUCCAUUAAUGACACAGGUACAUAUUUCUCUUUGGUGGUCCACAUUUUACUUACGAUUUUUCUCUCUCGACCCCCAAUGUCAUUCAUCAAUAAUUUGUCUCUUUAUGACAUUUUUUUUUUGGGGGGGGGGUUGGUGAAAA